AUGCCAGAAGUAAAGCCGACGAAAAUAUUAUCAUUCAGCAGCGAAAAUCCAGCAUAUCCUGCGGAGAAUCUUCUUAAGGUUAGCACAUUUUUCAAAUGGAAAUGCGAAUCAGGUGGACAAAAGCAGGCUUCUGUUACAUUCCAAUUUGAUCAUCCUAUUCAGUUUUAUCGUAUUGAUAUUGCGAACGAGGGCUCCGCUUUUAUUCAGGUAGAAGUAUCUAGGUCUGAUUCUGCGAAUUUUGAGGUUCUCCUACCCUCGUCCACUUUUAUGUCUCCUGACGACUCCAAGAAGGGUGUUUCACUUAAUCGUGUCAGAAUUUUUUCCAGGAAUGAGCUUAAUUCGUCUAUAGCCAAUCAAAAGUGGGACAUUGCUAAAGUUAUCUGUUCCCAACCUUUCAACAUUGAACUACAAUUCGGACUUUCCUUUAUUCGUUUCUACCAAACUCCAGAUGCUUCUGAAUUAUCACCUUCUGUUAUCAUGGAUGAAGAAAGAAAAUCUACUGAAAACGAAAUCCUUAAACCGGGAGGGUUGUUUAAAAUGGUUCAGAAAUUAUCGGAAGAGAAUAAAGCUCCAAUUGCCCCAACUAUUCCUGAUAUUAAGUCUGUCAUUCCUUCAACGGUCACUCAAAAGCUUUUGCGACAAAAUCGAUCAGCCAUGGAUGCACUGAAAAUGUCGAAUCCCUCAGUAGGUCAACAAUCGACUUCAAGUAGUAAUACUUCAGCCACAAACAGUGCAAAUCCUGCACCUUCUACAAGCUCGGACACUACGAGAGCUCGUAAUAGCGGCGGUUCAGGACGCAGACGAAAACGAAUUUUGGAUGGAGUUAUUGUAGCUUUCAGUGGUUACAAGAAUCCCUUCCGAUCAGAACUUCGGGAUUUGUGUCUGAAGUUGGGAGCUAAGUAUCGACAGGACUGGACCGAUGAUUGUACUCAUCUCAUUUGCGCAUUCCCUAAUACCCCAAAGUGGAAUGCCGUGAAAGGAAAAGGUGUGAUUACCUCGCAUCACUGGAUUAAGGAAUGCGAUCGUCUUCAGAAACGUGUCUCCUGGCGGCCCUAUCGAGUAGGCCGAGCACCGAGUCCUGUUGGCCAUGUCUCUGAUCAUGAAGAUGAUGCUGAAGGUCAUAGUGAUAAUACGUCAAUCGUGGAGGAUGAAGGAAGCGACGAUUGGAAACCUGAAGGCUCAGACAAUGAGGAGGAAAUGGAUACUGAUGAAGAGCCUGUGGAUUCCGAUGCAUCGGCAGAUGCUGAUACAGAUGUUGUUGACGAUGAUGAGGAGGAUGAUGGUAUGAAAGUUGCAAGGCAAUCCAAAUCGUCUAAAUCCAAGACCCCAAAGCACAAGAAACCAAAAGCCACUAAAGGGGCUAAAUCAUGGGAACCCUUGAGGCGUAAAGGCAAUUGCAAAGCUCCAGAGGACGAAGAUACGGAUGAAGAAAUUCAAAGAAAUAUUUCAACCAAUGACGUGAACCCUUCUUCUCCUUCUGUGUCAAGCAAAAACGAUCCUCUCCCUGAGCUCCCUGAUAUCUUCAGUGGGAAAAGAUUCUACAUUUUCUCCAAAGAUAUAGAACUCAAGGAAGAGGAAACGGUCUAUCGGUUAAUAAUCACGUUUGGAGGAAAAGUGGAGCUAAAUAUGAGCACGGACGUGGAGUUUGUUGUAUCACGAGCCGCUUGGUGCAGUGAUUUUGAUGAGCCUAACAACCCUUUUUACUCUCCCUCUCUUCUCGCUCUGCUACUUUGCUGA